CUUCAUUACGCCCGCAAUUGAUUGAGCCAAAUGGUCAACGCAACCUAUUCCCGACGGAAUCUCUGUCAUCCACCACGUGUCUUCUUCCCAUAGGACCCUUCUCUCUCCUCUUUCUCUUCAUUCCUCUAACCCUCCUCUUCGAAAUUUGAAUCACUACCAUACCAUCGAUACAGUUUGCAGGAUUAAGGUGUAAGAUUAGCCAAGGCGAAAAAUGGCAGCUGCAGAAUCUUCUCGCGAGGAGAAUGUUUACAUGGCGAAGUUGGCAGAGCAGACGGAGCGAUAUGAGGAGAUGAUUGAGUUCAUGGAGAAGGUUGUGAAGACGGUGGAUGUUGAUGAGUUGACUGUGGAGGAGAGGAAUCUCCUCUCUGUUGCUUACAAGAAUGUUAUUGGGGCAAGAAGGGCUUCUUGGAGGAUCAUUUCCUCCAUUGAGCAGAAGGAGGAGAGUAGGGGCAAUGAUGACCAUGUUGCUCUUAUAAAAGAGUACAAAACCAAGAUUGAGACUGAACUCAGCAAGAUCUGUGAUGGGAUUUUGAGCCUCCUUGACUCUAAUCUGAUCCCAUCUGCUGCAUCUCCCGAAUCUAAAUUGUUUUACCUUAAAAUGAAGGGUGAUUACCACAGGUACCUUGCUGAGUUUAAAAGUGGGUCAGAAAGAAAAGAAGCUGCGGAGAAUACUUUGUUAGCUUACAAAUCGGCUCAGGACAUUGCUCUUGCAGAACUGGCCCCAACCCACCCGAUAAGGCUGGGUCUUGCACUCAACUUUUCUGUGUUCUAUUAUGAAAUCCUUAACUCCCCCGAUCGUGCUUGUAAUCUUGCGAAACAGGCAUUUGAUGAGGCAAUUUCUGAGCUUGACACAUUGGGUGAAGAGUCAUACAAGGACAGUACAUUGAUCAUGCAACUUCUGCGAGACAAUCUGACUUUGUGGACAUCUGACAUCGCGGAUGAAGCUGGAGAUGAGAUCAAGGAAACAUCUAAGCAACAAACAGAUGAUGGGCAGCAGUAAUGUGGUAGUUAAUGGGAUAUGUAUUCUGUAGUUUACCUUGGGAGACCCUUGAUAUAGAUUUCAUGUGGGUUGCCGUAGUAGGAUUGUAUCAAUGGAUUUCAUGAUUUCAAGUGAGGGUUGCGCUUGGGAUUUACAGUGUUUCAGUGGAUCAUGUAUGUGUUUUAUUGAUGAGAAGAAUGAGAUCUAGCUUGUUUAGUGAUUUACAAAUUUUCGAUUGUUGCUAGAAUAUGAGUGCAUAGCGUUCUUGUGAGAUCCUUUUUCCGUAGCGGUGCUGUCUACGCUCCCGAAUCAUUACUGAAGCUAAUAAGAUUAUUUCUUACUAAAUGUAGAAUUUGACUCCAGAUGUAUGUGGUUACUGGUUGGUCA